AUGGCCGCCCAUAUUACGCUGCUGAGAGACGCAGACACCGUGCGCGGUGCCGUCGAUUACAGAGGCCACCCGGUCCUCCGCUCCUCGUCCGGUGGUUGGAGGUCGGCGCGGUUCAUAAUAGGAUUGGAAGUGGCGGAGAGAUUCGCGUACUACGGAAUAAGCUCCAACCUUAUAACCUACUUGACGGGGCAACUGGGCCAGUCUGUGGCUGCGGCCGCCGAGAAUGCCAACAUCUGGUCCGGCCUCUCAAUGCUCCUCACUCUCCUCGGAGCACUCCUUGCCGAUUCCUUCUUCGGACGCUACCGGACCAUUGUUUUUGCUUCUGCUCUUUACGUCUUGGGGCUAGGAUUGAUUACUCUCUCAGAAUCCCUUUCCACAGCCACUUCCGGCUGCCAAAAUUCCACCGAAACCACAUCUUGUUCCACUCCCCAGCUUCACAAAGUCUUCUUCUUUGUGUCUCUGUAUUUAGUGGCAGUGGGGCAGGGUGGGCACAAGCCUUGCGUCCAGGCUUUUGGAGCUGACCAGUUUGAUGGGGAGGAUCCGGAGGAGUGUAGAGCCAAGAGCUCCUUCUUCAACUGGUGGUAUUUUGGCUUGUGUGGGGGUUCCUUUGUAACCAUCUCUGUAGUCAUCUAUGUACAGGAAAACCUCAGUUGGAGCCUUGGAUUUGGAAUUCCUUGUGCUGCAAUGGUGAUUGCAUUCCUUGUGUUUGUGCUCGGAACCAGGACAUAUCGAUAUAGCAUUACACAGCGUGGAAAGAAUCCAUUUCUAAGAAUUGGUCGAGUUUUUGUUGCUGCAAUUAGGAACCGGCGAACUCCUCCACCACCAAUCAAAAUUGAAGAGAAUGGGAAUACAAUAGUUUCAUCUCAACAGUUCAAAUUUCUUAACAAAGCUUGCUUUGUUCCGAAUGAUUGGAACCAUGGAAGGACUGCUUGCACGAAGGAUGAGGUUGAAGAAGCAAAGGCAAUUCUCAGGGUUAUUCCAAUUUGGAUUACAACACUUGUUUUUGCUGUUGUGCUUGCACAGACAGGCACCUUCUUCACGAAGCAAGGGGCUACGAUAGAUAGAUCGGUUAUGUCGGGCUUCACCGUGCCUGCUGCUUCACUUCAGUCCGUCGAACUCCUUGUCAGUGUUGUGUUUGUGUCCAUCUAUGAUCUUUUAUUUGUUCCAAUGGUAAGAGCUUUAACAAGAAAUCCCAUUGGUAUCACGAAGCUGCAGCGGAUUGGAGUUGGGAUGGUUUUCUCGGCUAGUUCAAUGGUGAUAGCAGCGCUAGUUGAAAUAAAGAGGCUAACAACUGCUGGCCAACAUGGGCUGGUUGAUCUGCCUGAAAUUACCAUUCCAAUGAGUUUCUGGUGGCUGGCUCCUCAAUACGCGUUGCUUGGAGUUGCAAACGUUUUCACAGUUGUUGGUCUUCAGGAGUUUUUCUAUGAAGAAGUCCCAAAGGAUUUGAAGAGUAUGGGGCUUGCUCUCUAUGCCAGUUUAUUUGGAAUGGGAGGUCUUGUGAGCAGCUUUUUGGUGUCUGUGAUUGACAAAGCUACUAAGAUUGAUGGCCAAGAUGGUUGGUUUGCCAACAAUCUGAACAAGGCACAUCUUGAUUACUUCUAUUUUCUGUUGGGUGGGCUUAACUUGUUAGGAUUUCUGGGCUUCUUGUACAGUUCCAAAUAUUACAUUUACAGCAGCAGGUCAGCUACAAAUUGAACACAUUGUUCUGGUCUUCAAGAAUGGCAAUGCAAAUGUUUCUUUCUAUU